AUGCAACCUUUUUUUUUUUUAUUCAAGGUCUUCAGUUUUGCUUGUGAAGCCUGCAAAAAGGUGAUAUUUCAGACACCUUCUACACUAGAGGCAGACAAAAUGCUGGGCAGAGUGAAUUUGGGUGAGUGCCUCAGGUCUGCAGACCUCAUCCAGUCCAGCGACCCUGACUUCAGAGUUCUCCGUGACGGGUCUGUCUACACGGCCAGUGCCGUUGUGUUAUCUGAUGGGAGGAGAUCAUUCACCAUUUGGCUUUCUGACACGAAGAAACAGACACAAAAGGAGAUUAAUGUGCUCCUGGAGCCUCAGAAAAAGGUCCUGAGGAAAAUUCACGCUAAAGAAACGGUGCUCCGGCGAGCCAAGAGGCGGUGGGCACCCAUCCCCUGCUCCAUGCAAGAGAAUUCCUUGGGCCCUUUCCCUCUGUUUCUUCAACAGGUUCAGUCCGAUGCAGCGCAGAACUAUACCGUCUUCUAUUCAAUAAGUGGACGUGGAGUUGACCAAGAACCUUUAAAUUUGUUUGUCAUAGAAAAAGACACUGGAAAUCUGUAUUGUACUCGGCCAGUGGAUCGUGAAGAAUAUGAUGUUUUUGAUCUCAUUGCCUAUGCGAUAACUGCAGACGGGUACUCGGCCGACUUACCUCUCCCGCUGCCCAUCCGAGUGGAGGAUGAGAAUGACAACCACCCCAUUUUCACGGAGCAAGUUUAUAAGUUUGAAGUUCCAGAAAGUAGUAGACUCGGUACCACCGUGGGGGUGGUCUGCGCCACAGACAGAGAUGAACCCGACACGAUGCACACGCGCCUGAAGUACAGCAUUUUGGAGCAGACGCCCAGGUCGCCCGGGCUCUUCGCUGUGCAUCCCUCCACCGGCGCCAUCACCAUGGUGGCGCAGUAUCUGGACAGAGAGGUUGUAGACAAGUACAAAUUGAUAAUGAAAGUACAAGAUAUGGAUGGUCAAUUUUUUGGAUUGGUGGGCACAUCGACUUGCCUGAUAACAGUAGCAGAUUCAAAUGACAAUUCACCUGUUUUCAAACAAAGUACUUAUGAAACAUCAGUAGAGGAAAAUACAUACAACAUGGAAAUCUUACGACUACCUGUAGAAGAUAAGGACUUAGUGAACAGUGCCAAUUGGAGAGCCAAUUUUACUAUUUUGAAGGGCAAUGAAAACGGGCAUUUCAAAAUCACCACAGACAAAGAAACUAACGAAGGAGUUCUGUGUGUUGUAAAGCCACUGGAUUAUGAAGAAAACCACAAAGUGGUCCUGGAAAUUGGGGUGAGCAACGAAGCCCCUUUUACUAGAGACCUGGCGCUGAGGACACCCACCAACAGAGCUGUGGUCACGGUCCACGUGAGGAACCAGGACGAAGGGCCUGAAUGCAAGCCUGCUGCCCAGUAUGUGCGGAUUAAGGAGAACUUGGCCGUGGGGUCCAGGAUGGAUGGCUACAAGGCCUAUGACCCCGAAACCAAGAGUAGCAGCGGGAUAAGGUACAAAAAGUUGCACGAUCCUAAUGGGUGGAUCGCCAUUGAUGAAAUUUCGGGGUCCAUCCAAACUUCCAAAAUUCUGGACAGGGAGGCCGCCACCCCCAGGAACGACUUUUACAACGUCACAGUCCUGGCAAUAGACCAAGGUGACGUGGUGACACUUAGGAGGCAAUUUGAAGAGGGCAGAGUGAGUGACAAGGAGAGUCAGAGGCUGCUGCGCUGGUGGGUGAGGGAGCAGGACGAGGGCUCAGAUACAGCUGCCCGUCUUUCCUAUCGGAAGAAUGCGGAGGUUAAGGAAUACUAUAUUCCCGUGACUGUGAAAGACAGAGCAGGGCAGUCGGCCACGAAAACCCUGCGAGUGAACCUGUGCGAUUGCACUCACCCAAGCCAGUGCCUGGCCGCUGCAAGGAGUGUGGGGGUGUCACUCGGCAAGUGGGCGAUCCUGGCAAUCCUGCUGGGUAUAGCGCUACUGUUUUCCUCCAGCUUCCUCUCUCUGUCUGAACUCUUUGUGGUAGACAUUCUCAACAGGCUGAAGUGUUCUGCCAACGGGUUUAUGACCCAGACGGUCAACAACUCUAGCCAAGGCUUCUGUGGCACCUUGGGACCAGGAAUGAAAAAUGGGGGGCUGGAAACCAUUGAGAUGGUGAAAGGCGGACACCAUACCCUGGACUCCUGCCGCGGCCACCACCACACCCUGGACUCCAGGGGAGGACACGUGGACAUGGACACCUCCAGACACACGUACUCGGAGUGGCACAGUUUCACUCAGCCCCGCCUGCGUGAAAAACUGCACCUGUACCAUCAGAACGAAGACCACCUCUCAUCGCAAGAUUACGUCCUUUCCUAUCACUACGAGGGGAGGGGCUCCCCGGGGGGCUCUGUGGGCUGCUGCAGUGAGAAGCCGGAGGAAGAGAACCUGGACUUUUUAGAUCAUUUGGGAGCUAAAUUUACCGCAUUGGCAGAAACGUGCACAAAGAGAUAAAUGUGUCAGUGUGACCAUUACAUGGUUUUGUCAGACAUUCUGGAGGUUUCCAAAAGGAAUACUGUAAAAUUCCAUUUCAACGUCUAAAUAUUCACAUAGGAAUUUUUCUAAAAUUUGAAUUAUGCUAAAUGCCAAUUUGUAUUUUUCAAGCAAUUUAUUGCCCAUCCUUUCUCUCAAGUGUACAUGUUAAAAGGGAUUUUCUCUUCCUUUAGAGCUGAGCAGACAGACAAUUAGCAGAUCUUAUGCUGCAGCAUUGGAACCGGAGUUUAUAAAGGAUCUGCUCUCUUAGCAGAUGUUACCCCAAUAACCAUGUUGGGUGAAUAUUAGUCCGACAGUAGCUGAGCUGUAUUUGGUUGAAUAUGGCAGAACGGCUAUCUGGACUGAAAUUCUGUUCUUGUUCCAAAUUAGAUUUAAGUGGAAUAGGAUUAUUUCAAACACUGUGGCAAAUUUUGUUGGAUUUUUUUUUUUUUAGUUCUAAAAAGGCAGUAGUACCUAGUCAGUAGCCCCUAUGAUUUCAUUUCUAGAAUUCUGUUUCCUUCUGGUUAGCAACAGGAUAAUGAAGAGCAGUCUUAUCUAUUCGAUUGCCCUAAUAAAGGUCUCAAAAAUACAUAGCCACUUUCAACUACCCUAGAAAAGUGUGAA